AUGUCAGAUUCAGAUGAGCUGAAUUUCAAUAUCGACCUUGACACCGAACAGAUCAAGACGUGGAGAUCCAUCCUCACCCUCAUCGUCUUCGUCGCAGCCAACCUCGUCGUACUUUUCCCAUUUAACGUUAUUAUUCCCGUUCCUCGCCUUCUCUCAGAUGCUUUCUUCAAGAGCCUGCGUGUUCUGCGCAUCAUACCGCCCAGACAGCCUCGAAUUCAACGUGGCUCCAGCAAUGACCAUGGCGACCAUGAUCAACAGCCUGGCCGCGCCCGGCCAUGGUUCGUCCUGCCCAGAUUCCGCGUCGACUUCGCAACAGGGCCCUUCAUAGCCGACAUCUUUUUACUCAUCACCGGAGCCAUUGGCCGACGGGAGAUAGUCCAGGGCAUUGCUGGAACAGACAACAUAAACCCUUACGACAUCAUGAUCUUCUUCCUCUCCCUAGCCUACAUCGCCAUCUCAAUCGACGCUUCUGGCCUCAUCAGGUGGCUAGCCUUCAAGGUGCUACAGAAGGCGGGUAAAGUCGGGCACAGGCUGUUCUUCUACCUCUAUACCUUCUUCUUCCUGAUCGGCAGCGUGAUUGGUAACGACCCCAUCAUUCUGUCCGGCACCGCCUUCCUCGCCUACAUGACUCGGGUUUCGAGCAACAUCGUCCACCCGAGAGCCUGGAUCCACACCCAGUUCGCCGUCGCCAACAUCGCCUCUGCGCUCCUCGUUUCGUCAAACCCGACCAAUCUGGUGCUUGCCGGUGCUUUCGGGCUCCGAUUCGUUGACUAUACGAAAAACAUGGUUGUGCCGGUAUUUGCUACCGCUAUCGUCUUAUUCCCGUUCUUGCUGUACAUUGUCUUCGCCGACGAGUCGCUCAUCCCUAUCUCCAUCGAGAUGCACGACCUUCCCCAAGAAGCGAAAGACCGGAAGCCUGUGAACCCCAACAUCCCCAAUGCACGAGGAAAGGCUGAGGAAGUAGAGAACCAGAAUGCGGACAGCAAAACCGGCCAGCUCAUCUCUCUUGAAGAGGUUUUGAACCCUUUCCUCGAUAAAGGAGGUGCAGCAUUCGGAGGCUUCAUCAUGGUUGCAACGCUGGUCACUGUCCUGUCACUCAAUGCAGCAGCACAAAAGAAUGGCGAGUAUCCCGUGUUCUACGUGACGUUACCUGCCGCGGUGGUUAUGCUGUGCUGGGACAUCUCGUCUGGAUGGUUGCACCGGGAAGAGACGCGCAGAAUUGCGCGCGACGGGCGACGCGAAAUACAAACCGCAAGGGAGAACCGGGAGGAGGGCAUGGAACUGGAGGAGCGGAUCAUCACAGCAGUUGACGAACAUGCCCUGAGGUUGACUCGUUCACCAGAAGCAGUAGAGCAGACUCCGAGGGAAACUAAUGGCGAUGGGACAAGCGAACCUGGCCAUUCCGUUGCUGACAUUGACAGAGAGAGUCUGAUAGGAGCCGAUAGAAUCAGUACGAGACCAACGAAGCCGGGUUUCCAAUCAUCGACGAGCCCCGCGCUUCUCGUAUCUGAGAACGGCGAUGGUAUGACUCCAGUGUCCACCUCCCCACCUGGGUCUUCUCCCACCAUGUUCGCACCAAAGGAUGGCCAGCCGCUUGUUGAUACUGUAAGGGACUCUGAUGAGAAGCAAGCUCUUCACGGUCAUGACCCGAAGGCUGCACCGCAGAGAAAAGUAGACACGGCAUCGAGUGGGGCACUCGAUGAGGAAAAGCUCGCACCCUUCAGGCAAGAUUUACGACAAAGGCAUGAGCGCCCAACACUCAUCUCGCUUGUUCGCGAUGGGUACAGGUGGUCUCAGGAGACUUUCCCGACAGUCACGGCGGUCGUAUCACACCUGCCGUUCGCCCUCCUACCAUUUGCCUUUUGCAUGUUCAUUCUGGUGCAGGGUUUGGUCAACAAAGGUUGGGUACCAGUAUUCGCCUACGGAUGGGACCACUGGGUGGUGAAGACGGGAACAAUCGGCGCCAUCGGUGGCAUGGGCUUUCUGUCCGUCAUACUGUGCAACUUCGCAGGCACAAACAUAGGGACUACCAUCCUGCUCUCCCGCGUCAUACAAGCAUGGAUAGAGAUCCAUCGUAUCAACGGCACCCACAUCGGCGACCGUACAAAAUGGGCCACGAUCUACAGCAUGGCCCUCGGCGUCAACUACGGCGCGUUCAGCGUAGCGUUCAGUGCGUCGUUGGCCGGCCUCCUGUGGCGAGACAUCCUCGCCCGGAAACACAUCCGCGUCCGAGGUCUGGAGUUUGCGCGUGUGAAUCUCCCCAUAAUCGCUAUAGCCAUGGUCGUGGGUUGUACGGUGCUUGUGGGCGAGGUGUACAUAUUUAGGACUGACGAUUGA